AUGCAUAAGCGGCAAGUUUAAAUAGAGACAUUAAAGUAUUUGUGACAUAUUAAUAGGUAGCCCUCUAAAGUGUCUUACUCAAUCAAGAUCACCAAAAUAAAAUGUAAAACCAAUCCAACCUUAAAUGUUAAAGCAUAUUGCUUAAUUAAUCAAAAAGUCAAAAGAGAGAAAUACUGAAAGAUUAUGUAAACAAUAUGAGAAACCUAAUGUCAUUCAAAAUAUCUAACCUUCAACUACUUCUAGACCAAUGUAAAGUCGUGAUAUUUCUGUCACUUUUCAUUAAUUAUUAUAAGAGUUUAGAAAUCACAAAAAGCAAAACAAAGAGAAUUCGUUUAAUGGAAUCAAUAAACCAUCCAAAAAAGUUAGAUAAAUUAGUUUUCCAAAUGCAGUUCUUCUAAAUAAUUCCAGCAGUCGAAAUCGUAUCAAAGAUAGUAUGUAUUUAAAUAAAGGAGAUUGUAAUGAUAAAUUAACACAAAAAAUAUUAUCGAUUGCCUAAGCUUCACGUUCUUAAAAUAAUUAUAAGUUAUAAUUUAAUGGAGUAAUUGAAGAUAUGUGUCGUUGUUCUUAAUUAUAAAACAAUUUGUUGUAUGAAGCUAAAGAACAUUAUAGAAAGAGUUCUUAAAGAUGUGCAUCAGCUGAUAUUUAAUUGAUUCUAAGAAGUCCAAAUAAAAAAUCAAGAUCAUCAUCUAUAGAUAGAAAAGAAUCUCGAUUUUUAGGUUCAACCUAAGCACAUUCUAAUCCUAAAGAAUUAGAUUUAACAUGUGAUGAAAAUGAAAUCAUUGUAAACAACGUUAAUCUUGAUGAAAGAAUUAGAACUGAGCCUGAUCCUUUAAUCAAUCAGGAAAGAUAAUAUUUGGCUGAUCCAUAUUAUUUAACCAAAUAAAGUGAAAUCACAUGGUUAAUAAGAGCAAUUGUGAUAGAUUGGAUGAUGGAAACUGCUAUGGGUAAUAGAUUAAAAAGAUAAACAUUUCAUUUAUCAUUAUUUUAUUUCGAUUCUUACUUAUCAAAAAAAUAAGCUAAUAAAAAAAAUAUUUAAUUAGUUGGAUUAGUAAGUUUAUUAAUUGCAAAUAAAGUAGAAGAAGUUCAUCCUAUUUGUCUACUUGAAUUUUAGAAAGCAGCAAAUAACGGGUAUAAUUAGAGUGAAAUUUUAAAUAUGGAAUUAGAUAUACUAUUUGUAAGUUAUUUUUAAUUUAUAUUUAGACACUCAAAUGGUAAGUGAAUCCUCCAUCUUAUACUUAUUGGAUUAAUUGGUUUACAGAUUAAUGGGAUAUUUAUGCAAAUAAUCAUGCUAUCAAUCUUUUUUNUAAUUUUUAAUAAGUACCUUCAUUAAAUUUAAUCUGAGAAUUUAUGUUUAUAAAUAACAUUUUUGAUAAAUUAAAUUUGAAUUAAUAUAACAUUUUAUGCAUAAGCGGCAAGUUUAAAUAGAGACAUUAAAGUAUUUGUGACAUAUUAAUAGGUAGCCCUCUAAAGUGUCUUACUCAAUCAAGAUCACCAAAAUAAAAUGUAAAACCAAUCCAACCUUAAAUGUUAAAGCAUAUUGCUUAAUUAAUCAAAAAGUCAAAAGAGAGAAAUACUGAAAGAUUAUGUAAACAAUAUGAGAAACCUAAUGUCAUUCAAAAUAUCUAACCUUCAACUACUUCUAGACCAAUGUAAAGUCGUGAUAUUUCUGUCACUUUUCAUUAAUUAUUAUAAGAGUUUAGAAAUCACAAAAAGCAAAACAAAGAGAAUUCGUUUAAUGGAAUCAAUAAACCAUCCAAAAAAGUUAGAUAAAUUAGUUUUCCAAAUGCAGUUCUUCUAAAUAAUUCCAGCAGUCGAAAUCGUAUCAAAGAUAGUAUGUAUUUAAAUAAAGGAGAUUGUAAUGAUAAAUUAACACAAAAAAUAUUAUCGAUUGCCUAAGCUUCACGUUCUUAAAAUAAUUAUAAGUUAUAAUUUAAUGGAGUAAUUGAAGAUAUGUGUCGUUGUUCUUAAUUAUAAAACAAUUUGUUGUAUGAAGCUAAAGAACAUUAUAGAAAGAGUUCUUAAAGAUGUGCAUCAGCUGAUAUUUAAUUGAUUCUAAGAAGUCCAAAUAAAAAAUCAAGAUCAUCAUCUAUAGAUAGAAAAGAAUCUCGAUUUUUAGGUUCAACCUAAGCACAUUCUAAUCCUAAAGAAUUAGAUUUAACAUGUGAUGAAAAUGAAAUCAUUGUAAACAACGUUAAUCUUGAUGAAAGAAUUAGAACUGAGCCUGAUCCUUUAAUCAAUCAGGAAAGAUAAUAUUUGGCUGAUCCAUAUUAUUUAACCAAAUAAAGUGAAAUCACAUGGUUAAUAAGAGCAAUUGUGAUAGAUUGGAUGAUGGAAACUGCUAUGGGUAAUAGAUUAAAAAGAUAAACAUUUCAUUUAUCAUUAUUUUAUUUCGAUUCUUACUUAUCAAAAAAAUAAGCUAAUAAAAAAAAUAUUUAAUUAGUUGGAUUAGUAAGUUUAUUAAUUGCAAAUAAAGUAGAAGAAGUUCAUCCUAUUUGUCUACUUGAAUUUUAGAAAGCAGCAAAUAACGGGUAUAAUUAGAGUGAAAUUUUAAAUAUGGAAUUAGAUAUACUAUUUGUAAGUUAUUUUUAAUUUAUAUUUAGACACUCAAAUGGUAAGUGAAUCCUCCAUCUUAUACUUAUUGGAUUAAUUGGUUUACAGAUUAAUGGGAUAUUUAUGCAAAUAAUCAUGCUAUCAAUCUUUUUUUUAGAAAACCAAACGAAGAAUCCUACUAAUGUAUUUAAAUUUUAAUAAAAAGUAUUUAGAAAGUUAUGUUAACUUAUUGAUUGCACCUUAUUAGAUAUUCAAACUCUUCAAUAUAUGCCUAGAACUAUAGUUGCCUCCUUUAUGUAUUUAAUAAUUUCAUUUCAACUGAAUGUUUUUGAAACUGAUAUGUUAGAAAUCAUGUCCAGAACAUCAAUGUUUCUAUUAAAUCGUAAGUUUAUUUAACCAUAUUAAUUAGGAGAUAAUUAAUUUAAUCUAAUAUUUGGAUAAUUUGUAUCAAUCACUUUUGGCUUUGCUUUAUAAGAUAUUUUACCAGCUAUACAGUAUGCAGUUGGUUUUUAUGAAUUAGAAAUCAAUUAUGAAACACCUCCUGGAGUUGUCCAUUUAUCGAAUACUCCUUUGGAAGUAACAUUAAAUUUUAAACUUAGUCAAAUUAUGAAGAAUUUCUUUCAUUUUAAUGUUAUUCAAAAUACUUACUUGAGUUUAUCAGAUAAAAAACAAGAGAUUGA